GUUUAUUUUACUGAAUAUUCUGAUUGAUAUUUAUUAUCAGUAGUCAGUAUUAUGAUAACAGAAAUUAUUUUUCUUAGUUGAUCUUGAUUUAAAUUCUUUUGAUUUUUAUUUUAUACAAGUAAAUUGUGUUGCCAAUAAACUAAAAUGGGCAAGGGGUUUAAUAAUUACAUGUGUAAAAAGUUCUUUCAUCCAGCGUCGAGAGAUAAUUUAAAACGAGUAAGUUUUUCUUUAUCCUUGUGGGAGGGGAUCAAAAUACUCCCACGGUAUCUUUACCUGUCAUAAGAGGCGACGAAUCUAGUUGUAUUAGGUCGACAGCCGGUGUAAAAUUCUGUCAUAUAGUAUGAGGGAUUUUAAACAAAACAUAAACAGAUUGUCCCAUCUCCGAUCUGCCCAGGGAUAACAGUUGAUAGUUGUAUUAGGUCGACAGCCGGUGUAAAAUUCUGUCAUAUAGUAUGAGGAAUUUUAAACAAAACAUUGACAGAUUGUCCCAUCUCCGAUCUGCCCAGGGACAACAGUUGAGAGGAAGUAUUAUGGUACAUGAUGUUUUGCAGAUGAUAUAGGUUUGAUAGGAGUAAAUGAGGAAUAAUUUAUCAAUGGGCUUGAGGAAUGGAGAGUUGUUCUUGAAAGAAUGGAACUAAGAACAUGGGAAGUAUAACAGAGUACGAGUUUGGAGGAACAGAAUAAGACAGAUAACUAUAAUAAGUACCUAAUUAUAGAUGAGGUUGAAAGUUUUAAGUACUUAUGACCUUUAAUACAAAAGAAUGGUGGUUUUCAUAUGCAUGAGAAACAUAAGAAUACUUGUGGUUGGAUAAAGUGAAGAGAAGUGUCGAGUGUUUUAUGUGACAAGAAAAUUCCAAUGAAACUUAAAGUUAAGUAUUACAGAAGUGUAGUGAGACUAACUAUGUUGUAUGGUUUUAAACGUUGGGGGUAAACAGAAAAUAAAACAAAAAAUGAGUGUAGCAGAGAUGAGAAUGCUUAGGUGGAUGAUUGGAGCGACACGAGAAGAUAAAAUAAGGGAUGAUAACAUAAUAGGUAGCUUAGGCAUGGCUUAGAUAGUAGACAAAAUGAGAGAAAAUAGACUAAGAUGGUUUGACCAUGUCAAGAAAAGAGAGGAACAGAAUAAAUAAGCAUUGUAAUGAAUAUAAGUGCAGGAGGAAAUAGGUAGAAAAGAAGACUGAAGAAGCGAUGGUUUGCUGCAAUAGAGAAUGAUAAAAGGACAGCUGGUGUAUGCGAGAUGGGAGAUCUGGUCAAGUGGAAGUUUAGAAUGAAAAUUGCUCAAUGAUGUACUUAUUUAGUGAAGUUUGUAAAUAUUUAGAAAACAUUAUAAUUAUAUAUUCAUGUUCUGAUAUAAUAUUACAUGAUUAUUUUAUUUUAGAUGUCAUAAAUUUUAAACUAUUAUUCAAUAUAUUUUUAAAUAUUACAAUUUUGUUUGUAAUUAUGUUAAUGACCUAUAGGUAUGGAUGGCAGAACAGAAAUCAGAAAAAGACAAAAAACGACAGGAAGAAUUACGUCUUCAAUAUGAAAAAGAGCAAGAUCUUUACAAUAAUAAGUAUGUAUAAUAUUUUUAUGCUUGAGAUAAAAUUUAUGUUUUUUACUUUUUAUUUUUUAGAGCAUUGUUGUCAAAAGAAAGCAAGGAUAAAUUAAGUGUGAAUUUUAUGUAUGAACCACCACCUGGGGCAAAAAAAGAAAGAGAGCGCGAAGAUAAUGAACCUGAAUAUAAAUUUGAAUGGCAAAGAAAAUUUAAUGCCCCUAGAGAAGAGUAUGAAACAUUAUUGUUUUUAUUUAAAUAUUAAUAAUCUUAUACAAAUAUUUAUAUAUAACGUUUAUAUUUCUAUAAUAUAAAUAAAUGUAAUUUAUACAGGAUGAUUUAUUAAGCGUGCCCUUCUCAACAUUUAAAGAAUAUCCUGUGGUGAUACCAAUUUUGGUUUUUCUGAUGAGAACCUAUAUUAAAAAUUUCAUAAAUAGAUAUUCAUUUAAAUAAAUUAUGGUGUUAAAAUGUUUGAUAUCCAUCUACCCGUAAACAAGAUAUUUCACUUUUAAGUUCAGAUAAGAAAUAGAUAUUGUAUAUCCCCUGUUAACAUUAAAUACAGAUGGUUUACCGGUAAGUUUAUUUUAAAAAACCUUUUCUUUCAAUACCCUGAUGUUUAUAAGUAUUUUUUUGACGUUUAUUAUGCAUGGUGUUACGUUCAAAAAUCUCUCCUUAUUCUUGCUUUCAUUGCAUAUUCAUUAUCUUUUAUCAACAGCUAUAUUCUAAAUCCAGUAUACUUUCAUCAUACAACCUUGUCUUUCAGGUUCUUUCAUUCUUUGCAACUGUUCACAUUGAUAAAUUAUUUUAAAACUUAUCAAUUAACUCCCUCAAAACUACUCCUACUAUUGUUAAUAACUUCUUUCUUAAGUUUAUUCACAUUUCUUUCCAUUCUUUUAUCUUAAUUUUCACCAAUGGUUCUGUAUCCCCUUUUUUGACUAAUUACUUCUUUAACAUCCCUGAUUUACUCAUCUCUGUCCAACAAUUCAACAAAGCAUUCGAGCUCUUACCUACGUUAGCCCCUAACAUUUUUUUAUUGCUUCUAACAUCCUAUACUGCCUUCAAGGACUCACCACUUAUAUAUUCAAUUCUACUCCCUCUCUAUUUCUGUUAGAAAAAGACUGUAUCUUUACAAUCUUAGUUUCUCCAGUUUUGUGAUAACAUUUUUAUGGAUUCUUAGUCACAGAUAUCCUUGAAAAUAAAAUUGUAGAUUCUCUGUCUAAAUCCACCUCCUCUCUUAUUCCUUUUUAAUACAACUUUGAACGAGACAUGCUAUUUAAUCACUGGCUAUCGAAAAAUACUUCAGUAAACAAACUGUACACUCAAUCCAGUAUAGCUUCACCUGAAAUCUGAUGCUCUGUACAGGUUGACUGGCAACAAACAAACAUUAUUAACGAAUACCCUACAUAUAUUACAUGGAAGACAAGAAGAUAUAUUCCGGUUUAAAUCCAGAAAUAGUUUAAUGAGAAGGACUAAGUGCAUCAUGAGAAAUCCUAAAGAAGAUGUUUUACUUUAUUUAAAUUGAGACUUAAAUGUUAAUCCUAUUUUAUUCCGUUUUUAUUUUAUAUUAUGUUAAUCUUUUAUUUUACUCGUGUAUUUCUAAUUGCGCUGUUGCCUAACACAAAAUAAUAAUUCCUUGGACUGAUUUGCUAAAGAUCAGAAUUUGAAUAUAACCAAAAUUUAAUCAACAUAAUGGGGUGAGCACGCUUAGUGAAUCAUUCUAUAUAUAAAUUUCACUUGCUCAUUAACAUCUUUUAUUGGUUUUAAAUUUAUUAAAUAGCUGUAUGCCGUAUAUUUGUUUUUAUUAUUAUUAGAUAUUGUCUUUACUUUAUAUAGAAAAAACAACAAAUUUAAAAAAAAAAAAAAUGUAUUGCAGUUAUUGCAAAGGUGAUCAAGAAAUUCGAGAUCAACCAUUUGGUAUUCAAGUGAGAAAUGUACGUUGUAUCAAAUGUCAUAAAUGGGGUCAUAUUAAUACAGGUUAGUUGAUUAUUGAAAUAUAUUAUAAUUUUAUAUUGUUUUCUUACACCAAUUUUGAAAUAUAUUUUUUUAUUUUACAGAUAAAGAAUGUCCCUUAUUCAACCAAGCAAGUAUAUCAGAAGCUGUAACAAAUGUUUCCUCAACAAAUGGUAACAGUGCUAACAUAAAAACUCAAGAGCUAAUAAAACAAAUGCGAGAAGAUGGCUUGGCAUUGAAAAAAAGUGCUGCUUCUACACAACAACAAAUAUCAUUUACAGUUAGUUCUUUUAGUUAUAAUUUAUAUUAUUGGUUACAUUAAAAAUUUUUAAAUAUAUAGAUACUUGUUUUUUGUUUUAAUUUUAUAAAAUAUUUAAAUGACCAAUGUUCAAUAUAGACAAAUUAAGGGAAUUAGCUGGAAUUAAACUUAAAAAUAUUUUGUUUUUUUGAAUGACAGAAUGUAUAAAAUAAAAAUUGUUUUAUAGAUUUGUAACUUAUACAUUUCUUACUAUUAUUGAGUUUUGUUUAUUUUUUCUAGAACAAUGGAGAAGAUAGUGACACAGAACUAUUCAUGUAUGUUAAAACAUUGUCUAGGAAGAAGAAAAUGAAAUUACUCAAGUAAAAUAUUUUUAUAUACAUCCUAAACAUUUAAUUAUUCUUAUUUUAUUGUAUAAGUACUUAAAAUAAUUUAAUAUCAUUUAUUGAUUUAUAUUUUAGACGUUUAGAUCGAAUGGAUAAAUUAAUGAUGAAAGAACAGAAGUUAAUUUCUAAAACAGAAAAAAAAACUAAGAAACAAACAAAAAGAAGACUUAGUAGUAGUUCUGAAUCAUCAGAAUAAUUCAGGUUUUUUGCGAUUGUAUUUUUUUUUUUAUGAAUACACAUAUUGAUAUUAAAUAUGUAGUUGUAGUAUACACAUUUUAAUGUUAAUAUUGUAAUAUAUUAAUAAUGUAAAAUAUGUAAAAAUAAUGAUAAAUAAAAAACAACUCAUUAUAAUAAUUAUUUAUUUUUUUUAUAAACAUACAAAUUGUAAAAAAUAUAUAUAUUUAAAAAGAGUCCAGGAUAUGUUCUCUUUGCUUAAUCUAAAAUAUAUUGGUAUAGAGCUUUUACUUAAAGCUAUUUCAACUGGAAAUGUUGAAAUAUUCAACUCAUCACAGAAUGCAUAAAAAAAAUUUAAAAAAAUAGUUCACAGUCUAGUAUCAAUUAAAUUAAAUAAUAAAUAAUUGUAUAGUUAUAAUUGAGGGGCUGGGUGCAAGAGCAUUUUCUAGAAAAAUGUGAUUUUGAGGUAAACAGAGUUGAAGUUUCAAAUGUGUGACACUCUUUUGGAUCUACUCGCAUGGUUAUAAAAUUUGUGUCAUAUGAUAGAUCAAAUUUAAAAAAAAAUAAUUGUUUUUGUUUUAUUUUUCUAUGUGUCCACUAAGUUUUAAAUUAAAGCGUUAUUUGGUCAUGAAAAUGCCCUUCUUGCACCAAACAGUAAUUACCUAUUAUAUUUCAAUUAUAAUAAUUAAAGAAUUUGAAUUUUAUUAAUUUAUUCAUAACUUUUGAAUAAUAUGAACAUAAUAAUAAAUAAUAAUAAUUAUGAGAAUAAAAAUAAAAUUACAAAAAUGACUAAUACUUAAUAGUCACGAAGUGUAACAUAUUACAACGAAAACAUGAGACUUACAAUAAUAAUUUAGAAACAGUUUUUACCAAAUCUAUUAAUCUACAACGAAAACUAACAAAGUUAUCUACCAUAUUAUUUUUAAAUCAUUGAACAAAAAACAAUAUUAUUUAUAAAUAUAACAUAUAUAAUAUGUGAUUCUAUGCAAGAAAGCCAUUUACCAUCAUGUGAAAGCUUCUACAGUGCUCUAUUAUUAAAACUUCAAACUAAAAUUUUAUAUACAUAUUGUAUAGAGGUAGCUGAGUUCAAAAAAACAUUUUAAGCAAAAAGAGCAUUUCUGUGAAAAUGCCUAUCUUGCAUCCAGCCCCUCAAUUAUAGUUAUAAAUAAAAUAGUGAGAUAUCAAUAUAAAUAAAUUUAUGAUAGUCUAUUUUACUAUUUUAAUUUAUCAGUAGGAUUUAUCAAAGAACUUUAUAAAUUAGUCUGUGAAGUACUCUGCUCAGAAUUAUCAUCAUACAGACCAGGGUUAAAAUAAAACUUUUUAUUAAAACCUCUAUUUGACCAUUCAGGGGUUUGGAAUCCAUUCAUUUCGCAGUUGAGGUUUCUAAUUUCAAUAUCCACCUAUAACAUCAAAACAUUACAGCCAUAAUCAUAUUACAUGAUUAUUAAUUUUUAAUAUUAACCAUUUUCAUCAUAGUGUCCAAAUCAAAUUUCCAGGCAUUUUUACGAACUACUUCACAAAAUUUUUGUACAAACCAUGAUCCAUAUUCGCAGUCACGUUUUGCGUUAUACCCUAAA